UUGGUGACCCAACUACUUUUGGCAACCUCAAUCCCCCCGGAGCAAGUGAUUCAGGCAAUACGAGAUAGUGUUGAGCUACAUACCAGUCGGGGCUACGCUCCAUCAAGAGGACACCAGGAAGCAAGAGAAGCUGUUGCAGAAUAUAGCGCUCAUCAAGGCGAUAUCAGCGCAGAAGAUGUCAUUCUGAGCAGUGGAUGUUCACACGCUAUUGAACUAGUUAUCACGGUGCUUGCUGAAUGCGGCCAGAAUAUCCUUGUACCAAAACCAGGAUUUAUGAUUUACAAAACAUUAGCUGAGGGGUUAGGCAUAGAAAUAAGAUAUUACAGACUACUGCCGGAUAAGCAGUGGAAGGUGGACCUGCAUGACUUAGAGAAUCAGAUAAAUGAUGACACUGCAGCUAUCGUUGUUAUAAAUCCGUCAAAUCCAUGUGGUUCUGUAUAUAACAAGGAACACUUAAGUGAAAUAUUAGAUAUAGCUUCACGAAAUCAAGUGCCAAUUAUAGCGGAUGAAAUAUAUGAACAUUUUGUAUUUUCCGGCAAUGAGUUUACAGCUAUUUCGUCUUUAUCUAAAGAUGUUCCCGUCUUAACUUGCGGAGGCCUCACAAAGAGGUUUUUAGUCCCUGGCUGGCGAAUGGGAUGGGUGAUAAUUCAUGAUCGUCAUAAUAUACUAGGGAGAGAAGUACGCCAAGGUUUAGCAAAUUUGUCGACAAGAAUUCUCGGCCCAAGUACAUUGAUACAACGGGCAUUACCUGCAAUAUUAAAAUACACGCCGCAGAGUUUCUUCGACGAUGUCCUGUUAUUCAUCGAGAACCAAGCAAAGCUGGCAUAUGCUGAACUACUUCGAGCACCUGGUCUUCGCCCGAUUAUGCCGCAAGGAGCAAUGUAUAUGAUGAUAGAAAUAAAAAUAUCACUUUUCUCUGAAUUCAAAAAUGAUUUACAAUUCGUGGAGAGUAUGGUAUCCGAGCAGUCCGUCUUCUGCUUACCUGGGAGGUGCUUUGAGUAUCCAAACUUUAUGCGGAUCGUACUCACUGUACCUGAAGACGCCCUGCGCGAGGCAUGCCAGAGGAUAGUUAUAUUUUGUAAAGAACAUAUAGAUAUGGAUGAAAAAUGCAAUGAGAUAAAAAGCAAUAUUAUACAAAUGACAAAUGAAACCGAAGUUAUAUGUAAUCAUUAG